AUGUUACUGUUCCAAGGCCAACAAUUCGUCAUACUACCCAAUUCUGAAGGUUCAUACUUGGGCUACCUAACAAGACUAAUUGAAAAAAAUGGUGGACAUUUAAUUUCUUCUGUUGAAGAUGAAACUGGAUCUGGACUGGCGACUAUCGAUAGUUCAACCAUCGUUUUAUUGAACAGUUCCUUUGUCGAUGAAAAUUUCAAUUUAAUCCAAGAGAACUUUUUACUAAGGGAGUUAAGACCAUUUAAUAUAUCUCUUUGGAAUUUCAUUAAGGAAAAUAAUUUAAAAUGCAUUGAUAUUAAAGAUAUUAGCAUAUUUAUUAAAAAUAAGAAAUUCGAUUUAAAUUUAGUACAAUUGGUAAAUAUUGAAGGUCAUUCAGUAUUUAAGCUAAAUGAUGGUGUCACUACUGUACAAACUAUUAAAUCCGAAGGAACUAAUAAUAGUAGUGAUGAGAAAAUUUUAGAAUCAAAAUCAGAAUCAGAAUCAGAAUCAGAAUCAGAAUCAGAAUCAGAAUCAGAAUCAGAAUCAGAAUCAGAAUCAGAAUCAGAAUCAGAAUCAGAAUCAGAAUCAGAAUCAGAAUCAGAAUCAGAAUCAGAAUCAGAGACUGAUAUUGAAAUUGAUGUGAAUAGGAAAACUAAAGGUAACAAUGACAGAAUUGUUAAUCCUCUUGCAAAAUUAGCUCGGAAAUAUAAAGUUGAAGGAGAUACUUUUAGAGCAAGAAGUUAUAAUCUAGCAAUUUUAUCAAUUGACAAAUAUACUUUACCGAUUACAUCAGGAAUUCAAGCACAAAAGGAAAUACCAAACAUCGGUCCAAGUAUAGCAAAAAAGAUUCAACGUAUUUUAGAUACUGGAACAUUACCAGGAUUGGAGCAGGCAAGUGAACAAUUCGACUCUUUACAAUAUUUUUCAACUUGUCAUGGAGUUGGUUCUGAAACUGCCAAGAGAUGGAAUUCAUUAAAGUUAGACUCUUUUAAAGAUGUCUUGGAAAAAUUUCCAAAUGAAUUUGCCGUCGAAUGGCCAAUAUUAUUUGGUUGGUCUUAUUAUGAAGACUGGCAAAAGAAGAUUCCAAGAUCAGUUUGUGCAAAAUAUUUACAAAUUGUUGAAGAUGAACUCUUCCUGUUAGACCCCGAUUUCAAAGUAGAAUUACAAGGAAGUUUCAAUCGUGGCUUGCCAGAAUGUGGUGACCUAGAUUUAUUGUUUUAUAAGCCUGGUUGCGACGAUCUAAAUGUUCUAUGUAGAACUAUUGAAGAAAUUGCCAUUAGAUUAUACAAAAAAAGUUUUGUAAAAUGUUUUUUACAAUUAACUGAACAAAUUGAAAAGGUAUUUGGAAAUCAGGUAAGAGAGCGACUAGCAAAAAUUCGGUUGACUGAAAAUAAACCUAAGAAAUUCAAUUUAGCACCGAGGAUUAAGAAAGCCUUACUGGGUGUUCAAUUACAGGAACCAAUAUCAAUCGAACCUCAUAAUGAGAUUGUGGAAUUGAAAGAUAACGACAAAUUCAUGUCAUUAAGCAAUGAAGAUACCAGUAAAUAUGAUUAUUGUAGAAGAAUGGAUUUCUUUAUUUGUAAAUGGUCAGAAUUGGGUUCUAGUCGAAUUCACUUCACAGGUUCAAGUGAAUACAAUAGAUGGAUGAGGUUGAAAGCCAUUGAAAAGGGUAUGAAAAUGACACAGCACGGACUAUUCAAGGACGAUCGAUUAUUAGAGAGUUUCAAUGAGAAAAAGAUAUUUGAAUUAUUAGAUAUCGAAUAUGUUGAACCUCAGUUACGAAAUCAAGUUAACAAAAGACAGAAAAAGUAA